AAUGUCCGAAGGGGACAGUGUUGGUGAUUCCGUCCACGGGAAGCCUUCUGUGGUGUACAGGUUUUUCACAAGACUUGGACAGAUCUACCAGUCCUGGUUGGACAAGUCCACCCCUUACACAGCAGUACGGUGGGUUGUGACCCUGGGACUGAGCUUCGUCUACAUGAUCAGAGUUUACCUGUUGCAGGGCUGGUACAUUGUGACUUACGCCUUGGGAAUCUACCACCUAAAUCUUUUCAUAGCUUUUCUUUCUCCAAAAGUGGAUCCCUCCCUAAUGGAAGAUUCAGAUGAUGGCCCUUCCUUGCCAACCAAGCAGAAUGAGGAGUUCCGGCCCUUCAUCCGAAGGCUGCCAGAGUUCAAAUUUUGGCAUGCGGCCACCAAGGGCAUCCUGGUGGCCAUGGUCUGCACGUUCUUUGACGCCUUCAAUGUGCCGGUGUUCUGGCCCAUCCUGGUGAUGUACUUCAUCAUGCUCUUCUGCAUCACAAUGAAGAGGCAGAUAAAGCACAUGAUAAAAUACCGGUAUAUCCCAUUCACACAUGGCAAGAGGAAAUACAAAGGGAAGGAAGAUGUGGGGAAGACGUUUGCUAGUUAGAAGCUGGACUGAGUCUAUCACUCGUAUCCUGAGAACGGUUUUGAGCCAUUGUAACAAUGCCUUUUUUCUUCACAUAAAGUAGUUGAUUAUGAGGGAGUUGAAUUUUCUUUAUAAAAAGGAUCACUAAUUAUUCGUAUCAGAAAUAAUCAGGUUCUGGAAGAAACUGGCAUUUAAACCAAAUUGCAUCGAUUAAUUUUUCAGUGACGUUCAAGUGUGUCAAACUG